CUGGGGAAAUCGAACAAUGACUUCUUGCGCCUCUUUCAUCUUCCUUUUUCUUUUCUCCUUCCUCACUAGCUUCACAGCUUCUGCUCAAAAUAUUUUCUACAUACAGCAUAUUUGUCCAAAUACGACAACUUAUUCACGAAACAGCACUUACUUCACUAAUCUCAGAACCCUUUUGUCUUCUCUUUCUUCCCCCAACGCCUCUUAUUCCACUGGAUUCCAAAACGCCACGGCGGGACAAGCCCCCGACAGAGUCACCGGACUUUUCCUUUGCCGCGGAGACGUCUCAUCGGAAGUUUGUCGUAAGUGCGUCGCCAUUUCCAUCAACGACACACUCACUCAGUGUCCGAAUGAGAUGGAAGCCGUGUUUUAUUAUGAUGAGUGUAUGCUCAGAUAUUCUGACCGGAAUAUUCUCUCGACCCUUGCAUACGAUGGAGCAUGGUUCAGGUUGAACGGUAAUAUUUCAAUUGAUCAAAAUCAAAUGAACCGGUUCAAAGAUUUUGUGUCGUCCACGAUGAACCAAGCUGCCUUGGAAGCAGCGAGCAAUGCUACAAAGUUCUAUACGAUAAAGGCCAAUUGGACCGCACUCCAGACUUUGUACGGCUUGGUUCAGUGCACUCCUGAUCUUACAAGACAUGACUGCUUGAGCUGUCUGGAAAGUUUCAUCAAUGUAAUGCCUCUUUACAAAACUGGAGGAAGAUUUCUUUACCCUAGUUGUAAUUUAAGGUACGAGCUAUUCGCGUUCUAUAACGAAUCCGCUGUUAGAACACAACCACAACAACAAGUACCACCACCACCGCUGCCUCCUGCAUCUACUCCUCCGAUGACAUCUGCUUCACAACCUGGUGAACUCUUUCUUCUUGAAAUUAGCAUUACCAAUAGGAAUUUUUUGUCCUUUCAAUUGAUUUUAGAUUUGUUAUAUUUUUGUUUGCCGCUAUCUGAUGUUAAGCUAAUGAUCUUUGAAACGCAGGGAAAAGUUGGUUCUCAAAUGUGUUAGUGGUAGCAAUUGGUGUGACUAUUAUAGUGGCUGUUCUAAUUUUGAUAGCUGGUUACUGUUUCCUUGCAAAAAGGGUAAAGAUGUCUUCUGAUACUGCACCAGCCUUUGAUG